AGAGAGGGAUAGCAAAUUCCGGUGGAAACCCGAAAAAAUCUCGGCGGCUACUGCCCCAAUCGUCGCCUCCCGCCGCUGCCAUCUCGGGUUCGCCGUCGCCGGAUAAGGAGCAGGAGAAGAGGAGCGCAUAGCGCGGGAGGCCCCCACGCGCCGCCGGCGAGCCCCUCCCCCGAAAUGAACAUACUCGAGAGGAUACGCGGGGGCGGCGACAGGGCGGUGGUGGCGGAGACCCCGCGGGAGCCGGAGCCGUGGGUGGAGAUUUCGGAGUCCGUCUCGCGGCUCUGCAGCUUCGACGCCGGCGGCGUCUCUGUAAAACUUGUCCAGGAUUCGAGACCAAUACAUGAUAAGAUGAUCGAUUCUUUCUUGAACAAAUUUUUCCCAUCAGGUUACCCGUACAGUGUGAAUGAGGGUUACCUAACCUACACCAAAUUCCGAGCGCUCCAGCAUUUUUCUAGUGCUAUGCUGCACGUGUUAUCAACCCAGUCUUUGUUAUUUGCUGCAGGUUUGCGACCAACCCCUGCACAAGCAACUGCUGUAAGUUGGAUUUUAAAAGAUGGAAUGCAGCAUGCAGGAAAGCUCAUAUGUAGUGGCAUGGGGGCAAGAAUGGAUUCAGAGCCAAAGAGUUGGAGGAUACUUGCCGAUGUGCUCUAUGAUUUUGGUACUGCCUUAGAAGUCAUUUCACCUUUGUGCCCACAACUUUUUCUUGAAGUAGCAGGCUUCGGAAAUUUUGCAAAGGGAAUGGCUGUUGUUGCAGCAAGAGCGACAAGGCUACCAAUCUAUUCCUCUUUUGCCAAAGAAGGUAACCUUAGUGACUUAUUUGCUAAAGGGGAAGCCAUCUCAACACUUUUCAACGUAAUGGGAAUAGGUGCUGGCAUUGGAUUAGCAUCUACCGUGUGUUCAACAACUCAAGGGAAGUUAAUUGCAGGCCCAUUGCUUUCUGUUGUACAUAUAUAUGGAGUUGUGCAAGAGAUGAGGGCGACUCCUGUUAACACACUUAAUCCACAAAGAACAGCAAUGAUUGUUGCUGAUUUUACCAAGAGUGGAAAGGUUUCCAGCCCCGCGGAGCUAAGAUAUCGAGAAGAUCUUCUUUUUCCUAACCGGUUAAUAGAAGAAGCAGGAAGUGUGAAAAUUGGACAGCCAGUGCGCAGAGUUUUCAGCCCACAAUGUGUUGAACAACUGAAAGCAACCUUCUCAAAGGAGAAAUUUUUGCUCAGUCGAAAAGGCAACAGUGCAUACAUGGUUCUUGAGCAGAGUGCAACUGGAGAAGAUGCACUGAGGGGAUGGCUGGUCGCUGCCUUCGCUUCAGAAAUGGAAAAAUCAGGUGUGGGUUCAGGUGAUACCGUUCUGAAUGAAGCCUAUCAGAGGAUGGAGAGUGUAUUCCCCAUGUUUGUGGCAGACGUUAGGAGUAGAGGCUGGUACACAGAUCAAUUUUUAGACGGAAAUCGGAGUCGAAUCGCGUAUGCUAAAUCCCAAUAGCGGUAGUGCUUUAUGACAACAAUUUUCGGAGUUGCCGAGAUGAGCAGAUAAUUUAUUUUCACCAAAUUUCAUUGUUUGUAAAACAUUUACUUUAAUGAAUAGGCCCAUGCUGCCUUGAGCCCUCGAGUAUAGACAUGGUAAAUGUAUCAUUGAAAUUUCUGAAGGGCAGAACUUAAAUCGAAAAGUGGGCUAGCUUGUUCAAAUAGGAUA